AUGCUACAACUUCGGAACCGCAUCGCAAGCCUCACGAUAGGUUCCUUCACCUUCUGGGGUGUAACUGCCCAGUUGAACGUUCGCAUUCCGCUUACCAGGGAGGUCGACAAUUUUGCGACAGAGGCGUUGGAUAAUUGGAAAGUCGCAGGUUUAUCCAUUGCUGGAUACGGCUUUGCGGCAUUGCCUGAUAAGUCAGUCACACCGGAAACGCUUUGGUACACCGCUUCGACUACAAAGGCACAGACGUCCCCUACUCUAGCCCACCUGAUCGACUCUGGAAACUACCCGGCUCUCGCCAACGGUUGGUCGACGACAAUCUCCACAAUCAUUCAUGACGAUUCCGUGCUUCAGGACUCGUAG